AUGGCGACGAUGCCCUCUGCACGACUGCUACGACCCGGUUUGGCGUCGACGCCAUCCGACGCUGUCCUCGCCUUUCUCGUCCCCUCGACCCAAUGCGCGCACAACGGCUCCAGGGCCUGCUUUUCGACGUCACCGCAAUGGCGGAAGAGGGACAACAACAAAAUCAGAGGCGUGUCUGCGGUGAGGGCAACAGCCCUGCGGCCACGGCAAACACUGUCGGUCAGACAAAAAGAUUUUGAGAACCAGCAAUUACCAAAGCCGGUACCAAUCGAACACAAAAUUACAGGCACCCCAGACCAUGGACUAUGGGGCUUCUUCAAGGACCAAAAACUGCUGCAGACACCAGUCGACGAGCAGAGGCAUGGCAGAGCGUGGACUGUCGGCGAGCUGCGUAGUCGAGAUUGGGAUGCCCUCCACCAGCUGUGGUGGGUAUGCGUCAAGGAGCGAAAUCGCCUUGCGACGGAGAAGAUUGAGCGGAAGCGCCUCAAUGCUGGCUAUGGCGACUAUGAGAAUCAAGGGCGCGACAAGACAGUGCAGGAGACGAUGAAGGCAAUCUUGGAUACGCUGGCUGAGAGGCACCAGGCGUAUCAAGAGGCAUAUGCUUUGGCACAGCGUGAUCCAGACAUUGAUUUGUCAAGGACGGAUGGCCCACAAUACACACAACCGCCAUAUGAUCCGCUAGAAGCUGACGAUGCACCAUAUGAGGCUCAAGCUGCCUCGACGAGCGAGGAGCCUGGGAAGGAUAAGACGAUAGCAGAGUCGAGAUGA